AUUUUCAUAUUGAUGUGUUUUUCAACAUACUUAUCUGAAUAUGUCAGAAGUUUCAAAUAUGUACUAGAUUUAGUAAUGACAUGAAAGAUAUUGACAAAGAUAUCGAUGGGGCGUUAACUGUAUUAUUCAAACUUUGUACUGCAUAUCGGACUGUUAUAUCCUUUUAUAUAAGCAUUUACGAAAUGCAUAUACAGAACAGUGGUGUAGAAAUAUGAAAUACGCUGCGGAUAUGAUAGUAUCAAUAAUUGUUGACAAAGAAGAUGCACUCGUAGAUGAAGUCAUCAACAUAACGUUAAAUGGACUGCAAGAAAAGCAGCACGUCACUGUUCGAGCAGAGGUCAAUGAGAAAGGUCAAAUAUUUGCUGGUAGUGGAUGUUUUGUAGCUGACGACAAUGGUACAAUUGAUAUAUCUACGCAGCCAUCGACACAUGGCACAUACGAAGGUGUAUCCCAAAUGGGACUAUUUUGGAGCAUGAGAUCUGCUCCAGGAAUGGCUAAAGGAAUGCGACUUAUCACGAAAAAUGCUUCUGCACCUUUACUUACGGAUAUAACUGUAUUUCCUGGGCAUUUGACAUUUGAAGAAACGUAUACAUUAGAUAUAAAUCAUUUAAGCAGUAAGAAAAUUAGAAGAUGGUAUAUGGCAAAAGGCGUGCAGAAAAUCAAAGUAAGAAGUGGGCGAAUACGAGGAACAUUAUUUCUACCACCAGGCAGAGGUCCCUUUCCAGGUGUGAUUGACAUGUUUGGUGUAGUAGGCUCAUGUAUAGAAUUUCGAGCGGCUUUACUGGCUUCCAGAGGAUUUGCUUCCAUCGCUUUAGCUUAUUUUUUAUAUGAAGAUCUACCAAACAAUCUAGAAAAAUUGGAGCUGGAAUAUUUUAUGGAAGCGGUAGACUGGCUGUCAAGUCAAACUUUUGUUGAUGGCGAUAACAUAGGGGUGAUAGGUGUAUCUAAAGGAGGCGAAGUUGCUCUAAAUCUCGGCUUUUACAGUAACAAGAUAAAGUCAGUGGUAUCUGUCAACGGUGGCCCUUUCUUUACAACUGUACCAAUGUUGUACAAAGGGGAGUAUAUAGGAAGGACAGGUUUUCAUAUGGAUCGCAUUAUUUCAACCGAAGAAGGACUUGAUUUCAGAGAAUCUAUGCACUGUGAAGUCAAAGAUUAUGUUCCGAUAUGGACAAAGGACGUUAAUGUUUUGCUUAUUUGUGGUUUGGACGAUAGAUGUUUAAAACCUGAAUUUCUAUCGAAUCUUUGGAAACGGUAUCCUACUAACAGGAAACAUCUGUGCAAAUUAUAUAAAUAUCCGGGUGCAGGUCAUCUUAUAGAACCAUCGUAUGCACCUUUAGCUAGAUUUACUGCAAAAUACUUUAGCGAUAACCCUUCAGCUAAUUCCACAAGCAAAUACUUCAAAGGAGAUGGUCCUGCUGAGGGUGUAGUAUAUAUUUUAUGGGGCGGGGAGACAGUGGCUCACGCACACGCACAAGAAGAUUCUUGGAAACGUAUUUUGAACCAUUUCCGAACAACGCUUCAAAAACAGACAGUCGAUGGAGAUAAUUUAUCAAAUAGCAAGCUAUUAAACAUUACAUUAUAUUUUAAAAUACAUAAAUGUAAAGGCAGUCAUCCGUUUGACUGCGGCAAGCAAAAAAAAAAGAUGAGAAUGUAUGUUUCUUACUUUUCACGCGUUUACUCAUUUAUGGACGAAACAAAAGACGAGGCAAUGACCGCCGAGAUAACAGUUGACAAAGAAGAUGCACUGGUGGACGAAGUGAUUAAAAUUAUCGUGAAAGGUUUAAAGAAAAAUCAACAAGUCACGGUGAAAGCUGAGGUCACUGAAAAAGGUCAAGUGUUUGCCGGAAGUGGAUGUUUUGUGGCAGACGAUAAAGGCACAGUUGAUGUUUGUGAACAGUCAUCGGCGUAUGGAACAUACAAAGGGGUUUCUUUGAUGGGACUUUUCUGGAGUAUGAAGGCUGCUCCAGGGAUGCCAAAAGGAAUGAGACUUAUCAAAUACAAUGCAUCAUCGCCUAUUGUCAAUUAUCUCACUGUAUACCCGGGUCACAUUACAUUUGAAGAAACAUUUACCUCAGAUUUAAGACCUUUGUGCAAUAAGCAGAUACGACGGUGGUAUAUGGCAAAGGGCGUUCAGAAAAGGAAAAUUAGGAGUGGGCGUAUAAGAGGAACAUUGUUUCUGCCACCAGGUAAAGGACCAUUUCCAGGCGUGAUUGAUAUGUUUGGUAUUGCUGGUUCUUGUAUUGAAUUAAGAGCAGCUUUACUCGCUUCCAGAGGAUUUGCAUCGAUUGCAUUGCCUUAUUUCAUGUACGAUGAUUUACCACGGGAUAUAAAAGACUUAGAAAUGGAGUACUUUUUGGAAGCUGUUGAUUGGUUCUCAGAGCAACCUUUUGUCGAUGGAAACAAUUUAGGGGUGAUAGGUGUAUCUAAAGGAGGAGAAAUAGCUCUUCAUCUCGGAUUUCUCAGUAAUAAGAUAAAGUCGGUGGUAUCUAUCAAUGGCGGUCCAAGUUUCACAGGUUUUUCUGCGUCGUAUAAAGGAAAACCUAUGGGGACAGCAGAGUAUUAUCCGGAUCGUAUAAUUGAAACUGAAGAAGGACUUAAUGUUACCAAUACUUCUAACUGGGAAGACACAGAUUAUAUCCCGAUCUGGACCAAAGACGUCCAUGUUCUUCUUAUAUGCGGUUUGGAUGACUUGUGUUAUAACCCGAAAGCUUUGUCGAAUCUUUGGAGUUGCUAUCCAACUAGAAGAAAACAUCUCUGCAAGUUAUAUAAUUAUGCAGGGGCUGGCCAUCUGAUAGAGCCGCCGUAUGCUCCUUUAGCAAGAACAACAAAAAGUUACUACAGAGGAUUUGGUGAUUUUGUUGGAGUAGCUAAUGUUUUGUGGGGAGGAGAGACGGUAGCUCAUGCACGUGCUCAAGAAGAUUCAUGGAAGCGUAUCUUGAACCAUUUCCAAACAACGCUAAAAACAUCACGUGACACUGAAGACAAUUUAUCAGUUAGCAAGCUGUGAAUGAAUAAAUAACUUAAAGAACAUUGUUUAUCACAUGUUUGGGAGUGAAAUAAAGUCAUUACAUAACUUUGUUAUUACCUUAGUAUGAUAAAGUUGUUUAAAAUAUAAGAGCCAAUGGUCAAAUUGUCUUAGUCUAUAACAGAUAAAGAAAGAAGAAAGUUUGAUAUGGUAACAUGUGAUAAAAAGAAUAUUAUAUUUGGAUCUUUUCGCAAAGAAUUUAUAAAACUCGUCAUAGAUUUGCAUUUUAUUAUUUUAUUCAACUCGUUUAAUAAAAUCAAACUAAAAAGGCAA